AUGUUUCGCUUUAAACAGGUACGGGACUGUGGUCUAGAAAACCGUGCAAAGACCGAAUUCGACAGAGCUGCGGCAGCCAGUACAAAUUUCCCUCGGACGGGAAAUUUCGAAUACUACCUCAUUAAAACCUCUAUGGGAAAGGACCUUAACCAAGCUAUUGAAAACCUUAACCCAUUACUCCUCGAGAAGGCGGAAUAUAUGCAACCAGGCACUAAGUACGGAUGCAACACCGAGAAAAGAGGAACAGAACUACUCCUUGCUUGCCUUUACUUUACUGCCUAG